UUUUAAUAAUGGUUGCCCGGAAGAGAAAGAGAGCUGGAGGUUAUUCCACUCCUAAAGCCAAAGGAAAGAAGAAAACUAAAAAUAUCUUCGUCAAAAAGCAUACUGUCAUUGGCAUGGUUCCUAUGCUCUUCUUUGUCCCAAAAUGUAGUGGAAGAAAAGAACUUGUCGAAGAAAUUCAAAAUAAUGGCGGGAUUGUUACAGAUGGAUAUGAAGCCUUUGUUUAUCAAAUAAAAAUCCCGACAUUGAAGUCUAGGAAGCCAUCCACCUUCCAUAGAGGGUUCGUGUACAAAUCAGACUGGAUUCUUGAUUCAAUAGCACAAGGGAAGCUUAUUGAUGUCGAAGAUAGUGAUGAUUACCUAGUCGGAUUCCAUAAAAAGUCUACCUUGUGCACUAUUCCCAAAAGUAAAAAGAAGCAGUACACUAUUACUGAAGUUCUCAAAAUUUGGGAAGUGUACGAGCAGGAGGGAUAUAAGAAAAAAACUACUAAAACUCCACCGUUAAGCUUUUUCCAGAAAAUAGAGGCUCAAAACAUUAUACCGGACCGAACUGCCACAAGCUUGAGGACUGCUUGGAAAAAAUUCUCAGCUAUAACUAAGGCUCAGUUCGUCAAAGCUGCCCUGAAGAAAGCAGGAACGAGAUAUUCACAUAACUUUGCAGAUCCUCCAGAAGUCCCUGAGCCAGUGAAGAGGAAAGCAAGUAAGAAGAACUUGGCUUCUUUAUUAAAUACAGCCAGUACUAAGCCUAGAGAAGAAGAGUGCUCAGCCAACUCAUUAAGCUCAAGCCCUAAGAAGGAAGCUACCCCAAAGAGAAAGAAAAGAACCCCUAGAGCAAGGAGAAAGCCAAGCAUCAGCAGCAGCGAGAGCGAGUGCCAGGAAGAAGACAAGGACGACGAAGAGGAAGAAGAAGAAGAGGAGGAGAAAGAGGAAUUAGAGCUCGAAAUGGAUGUCCACACUAAAGAACCAUCCAUAAUUGACAAUGAAGGGGAUGAAAUGGAGUUUAUUUUAGCUAUUGAGGACAUGCAAUCAGCAAUCUCACAUGGGCCAGAAGAUGUGGAUACUUCUUACAACCUCAACUGUCGAAAAAAAAAGAAGUCUGCUCCUCUGGGUGUACUUUGCGAAAAUUACACAGAGCAAAAUAUUCAAAGAGUGAAGGUAACUGAAAGUGCCACUCACGGUACUCUUUUCAACGAGAGUGACACGACUAUUUACGAUCAGGAUGAUCUGUAUGACUUCGUUGCUAAUAAGGCAAAGAUAGUGAUCCAUUCAAACUUAGAUCACAAGUACACUGUAGAGUCAACUCUGCCAAAGAAAACUAGAGAAGAGGCUUACUUCAGAGAGAUCACAAAUCAACUAGAAGAAUACUGAAAAGUUUAUGGAAAAAGUAUGGAAGAGAUGCAUACUUACUGGAUGGAAGCAUGCUGAGACAUGGAGGACCUCAAGAAAAUACUCAGCGGAGAGAAGCAAAAGUGGACCGACUUAGAAGACCUAGCAGUCCAGUCCGACCCAGGAACUAUGGAGUAUGGUGCAGUAUCCAGCGUGAAAGGACAUGAUGAAAUAGCUAAAAGGAGGAAAUUCUUUGAGCUAGAGUAAGUUCGAGAUAGUAGACCAGAGGCAUACCUUUGCACUUCUUCAUUAAUGAACUUGUGUAUAGCUAUAGCUAACGGCCAGGGGUUAUUUCCAACUAAUUCAAAUUCAUGGUUUUCAUGCUCAUAAAAAUACCCAAUUAUUUAAACGG